UCAGAUCAUAUACAUACUAAGCAUAGCAAUUAAUAAGCAAUUAUAGUCCAAGCUCGAUCAUUAUUAGUUUCCAAUUGAGUAUAGAAGUACAAACUAAUUAAUUAACAGAUCGACAGAUUGUUUUUGGUAUAGUAUAUGAAUUGAUUUAAGAUGGGGAGAGCACCAUUUUGUGAAAAGAAUGGACUGAAGAAAGGUCCUUGGACCCCUGAUGAAGAUCAAAUUCUUAUAGAUUACAUCCAUAAACAUGGCCAUGGAAAUUGGAGGACCCUCCCCAAGAAUGCUGGUUUGCAAAGGUGUGGAAAGAGCUGCCGGCUACGUUGGACGAAUUAUCUGAGGCCUGAUAUUAAGAGAGGAAGGUUUUCCUUUGAUGAAGAAGAGACAAUAAUUCAGCUCCAUCGUGUCUUAGGAAACAAGUGGUCAGCAAUAGCUGCAAGCUUGCCAGGAAGAACGGACAACGAAAUAAAGAAUUAUUGGAAUACUCACAUCAGGAAAAGGCUGCUCAGAAUGGGAAUCGAUCCCGUAACCCAUGCCCCCAGAUUUCUUAAUUUUUUUCUUCUUCAACAGAUCAGCCUUUCAAGAUUGUUAGGUGGGCUGAAUCCUCACCUCCUAAGCUCUCCUACUGCUUCUCUACUUUCCUCCCAAAGCCCAGGCCCGACGUUAAAUUUGGGCUUCCAAAAUCCACAAGAUUAUACAAUGACCCAAAGUAGCCCAAUCCUAAGUCCGGCUCAAGUCACGGAGCAGCCCAAUACGGACCAGCUUCUCGCCGUGGAUGAAAGUUAUUGGCAGCCCAAUGAGUGGGAAAGUUAUAACGAUGUACAGCCGUCUAAUUUGACGGGAGGAGGGGACUAUUAUUUGCCACGUCUUACUGUUGAAGAAGACGGCGGCUACUACGGUGAUCCUCAGCCGUCCACCAGGGGUGGCUAUCCUCCACCGUCCGAUUCGUCAACGCUCUAUUCAUCAGGCGACGUGAAUGAUUUCAGCUGCUUCCAGCCUGCCACCUCAUUGUCCGAUUUUUCAACGCCGCCGUCGACGUCGCCAAGUAGCCAUUUGACGGCGGAGGAAGAGCUGGAGAUGCAUCAUCGUGACGUCAUCAUCAGCUACUCCGGCCAGCAAGAAAAUUAUUCACUUUUGGAGUAGUACAUACUACAUAUAUACUAUAGCACAAAAAUGGUAUCAUGAGAUUAUGAAUUAGUUAUUGGAAGUUGGAAAUGUAUUUGAUCGAAGGGUUGGAUUUAACGUGACAUUCAAA